CCUGUAAGGCCGUCAAAUUACAAACUGGGCCACAUGAAAAGGCCCGGAAAAUUAAGAUAGAGAGUGAGUCUCGUCUUCAUCGAUUGCCGCGCGGCAAUUGAUCAACCAGACAAAGCACACGCAAAUCACUCCUCAACUCUACAUUCCUCCAUUUGUAUCUCACAGAGGUCGGAAGAAAGUUUCUCUUUCACGUCCAUUAGCUUCACAAAACGCUUUCACUCCGCAUGUCUGUCGCUGUGCAACUCUCAUUGCCUUCUUGUGCCUUUGAAUCUUCCCGUUUGAUUCACAGUGGAAGGCUGCGAAAUCGUCCUCAAAUUUUCUGCAACCGAGCCGACCUUCCUCACGGAGAAGACGAUGACAGUAACGGCCUUGAUUGCAGCAGAGAACAAAUCCAGCGGCGAGUAAUUUUGGUCGAGAAGUAUGGAAAUAGCGCUCUGAAGAAGUAUUUUCUAGAUGAUAGCCAACGGUUGCAAUCUUUCCUUGAUGAACAAACAUAUCCGACAUCCAAUGGCUUCAAAGAAUCUCGUUUUUCAGAAACAAAACUAUCCUGGCUUCCAGGUCUCAUAAAGGAUUUUAUUUUACCCACCGGAUUUCCAGAAUCAGUUUCAGAUGAUUAUUUGCAGUACAUGAUACGGCAGUUCCCCACUAAUGUUACUGGAUGGAUCUGUCACACGUUGGUCACAUCCAGUCUCCUCAAGGCAGUCGGUAUAGGCUCCUUCUCAGGAAGUACUGCAGCUGCUUCUGCUGCUGCCAUCAGAUGGGUCUCUAAGGAUGGCAUUGGAGCAGUUGGGCGCUUAUUCAUUGGUGGACGUUUUGGUAAUCUUUUUGACGAUGAUCCGAAACAAUGGCGAAUGUAUGCUGACUUCAUCGGCAGUGCGGGAAGCGUCUUUGAUCUUGCUACUCCAUUGUAUCCUAGCUAUUUUCUACCAUUGGCUUCUCUUGGAAAUCUAACCAAGGCUGUUGCAAGAGGACUGAAAGAUCCUUCAUUUCGAGUUAUUCAGAACCAUUUUGCGGUUUCAGGAAAUUUGGGAGAGAUAGCAGCAAAGGAAGAAGUUUGGGAAGUAGUUGCGCAGCUGCUCGGUCUUGCCAUAGGGAUCCUAAUCUUGGAUACUCCAGGACUUGUAAAUUCAUAUUCAGUGUUAUCAACAACGUGGCUAAGUAUGCGGCUUCUGCAUCUUUGGUUGCGAUACCAAUCUCUUGCAGUCUUGCACUUUAACACUAUAAAUCUGAAACGCGCUCGUAUCCUAGCAAGGGCUCACGUUUUGCACAACAAAGUACCAGGAACGGUUGACUGCAACAGCGAAGAAAGCAUAUUAGUGUGGGAAAGGUUUACAAGGCCUUCGAUUAUCUUUGGUGUAUCAUUGGAGGAGAUGAUGGGCAGUGAGAGAUCUUCUUCCAUGGUGAUGAAAUUUUUGAAAUUAUAUGCAAAUGAGAAAUACAUCCUCAUGCUGGACUCACAAGAUAAAGACUUAAAGGUCUUCGUCUCCUUCAAGGUGGGUGCUCCUAGCAUGGCAGUUUUACGUAGUAUUUGGCAGACUUACUGGCUCAAUAAGCACUUCAAUGCCACAGAAAACGUCAUCGAUCAGCUUGCACGAAGCCUAUUGGAGAUGGAAGAUAAGUUUAAUGAUUUUGUGCAACUGUUGGAGGGAGCUGGUUGGGAUACUCAUCAAUUGAGCUUAAAGAUGGAUAAGAAAAAAGAUAUUAUGGAAAGCGAACCAAAUGAAAAAUGUGCAAAAAGAGUCUCAACACAUGAAGCUUCAUCAAGCAAAAAGAAGAUAAAAAAAGAGAAGGGAAAACAAUUAAUUAUUCCCAAAGAAAUGUGGAAGUCAACCUUAAGAAUCACUGUGUACUGUAAUCUACAAACUUCUGACCAUAUUAUCGAAAGUUUAUCACCUAGUUGUCUAGACUUGUUUAAAGAAGGACCAUUUGGGCACUUGUUAAAUUUAAAAAUGACAAAAAUACCUUUACAACUAUUAGCACACUUGAUUAGAAGACAAUGUGUCUCAACGGACAACAAUGUUCUUCUUUUCAACAUCGAAGGUAACAUUGUGGAGUUUGGACUGCGAGAUUUUUGUUUGAUUACAGGAAUAAAUUGUGGUGAAUAUCCUAUAGAAGAUGUUUUAGAUGCAACGGAAGAAAAUGAGUCUAUGGUUAAACAAUUGAUUUUUAGAAAUAACACUUCCAUUAGUAGACAAGAAUUGAAGACUGCUUUUAACUAUCACUGUAAAUCCUGCACCGAUGAAGAAGAGCUAGUAAAAUUAGCCAACCUUUACUUCUUGUACAAUGUUUUAAUUCCUAAACAAAAUCACAAUAUGUUGGAUUUAAAACAUGUAAAGAUGUUGGAUGAUAAAGAGAAGUUUAGGAAUUAUCCUUGGGGAAGGUUGUGCUUCAGUCUUACAAAGCAAUUCAUUCAAAAUGCGGUGAAAUCCAAAAGAAAGUUUAAGAACUGA